AUGGCCUGCCAGGACGACGUCGACACAGGCGGCCCCGUCCAGCAGCAGCAGACCGCUUCGACGCCCAUACCCAGAGACACCAGGUCCCAAGAUAUAGAGAUGGCCUCCGAAGACUCGGCCGUCAGGCUCGCCCUUCCUCCUCGCCUCGCAGCGCGGUUCAACCGGGUCUCCGCGACCUACAGGCGCGCUUCCGUGCCCUCCAUGUCCCGCCGCAACUCGUCGUCCUCGAUACACUCCAAUCUAUCGGUCCACGGCGGUUCGCAUGGCGACCACAUGGCGCCGCAUAUCCGUCGCAACAUGAUCCUCGAGUCCCGAAAGGCCCGUCUGGCAGACAGAGCUGCGCAUGUGGAAAAGGUCAGGCUCCGUGCAGCCAUCGCAAAGAACGGGGCGAAGAGCGCUGCGGCAAAGGAAGAGAGAGCCCAGGCUGCUCAGCGCACACGGGAGAAGCUUCUAGCAGACAUUACCGCAAGAUGCGAGGAAGAGGUGCGCCGGGCAAAGAAGAAGGCGGAAGAUACGGAGGAGAGGAAGGCGGCACAGCGCGCAAGGCUCCGCUUGGAGAUGGUCGAAAAGUUCGCGGAGGCUGAAAGACGCAGGCAGCUCUACCACGAGACACCCCGUCGUCGCCGGACUUCCAGCGUCCCGGCUGUCCCGGCUGCCCCAGCGGCCGAAGGGGUGAAGAUUAACAAGCCAGAAGUGACACGGCUUACCCCGGCUGCUGCUGCCCGCGUCAUCCAGAAGGCAUGGAAACAUUACCGCUCACGGGUACUGGUUUCCAGAUAUCUGGCUCUAAACCUUUCCCUCGAGAGGAUCGGACUGCUGGGAUUCGAGCGGACCGCGGCCUUGGUGGCCAACGAGGUCACCCUCGAUGUGACUGCCACCAUGCUUCGGCUUUGUGGUUUGCAAGAUACCCAAGGAGGCGCCCUUGGUGAACGGGGCGCUGUUCGCAUCUUCCUGAGCAGCUACGUUAUUGCUGCUUAUCCAGAACAUGUCCUGAGCAGCGAUGGCGAACAGGAACAGGACUUAAUCUCCAAGGCUAGAGAACUACUCGUUAUCUUCCAGAACUUGCUUGACAAGAUUGCUGUACUCGGACUUGCCGAUGUUUCUCUAUCUCCUAACAUGCUAUCCUUGUCCGAGGCCUACAACAUGUUUGUCUCCGCCUUCCACGCUUGGAAAUCUCGCGAUUCAACUGUGCUUAUUGAAAUCAUGGUUGCCCAAUUCACUGAGUUGGAACUGAUCUGGCAGACGGUAAAGGAUGACCGGGCUGGUGGAGUCGCAGGUGAUUAUCAACAGGGCAUCCGAUACAACCAGACCUUGCUCCUAGCACGAUUGAAACGGCUUGUUGGCUCUGAUGAGGCUAUGAAGCUGAUCAAAAAGUCACUGAAAAAGGCGAACUGCAACAAACAGACCAAUAUAUCUACUGAGAACACGAUUCCCAGAGCAGUCGAUAAGCCGUCGACGCCAGCAGCGGGCUUGACGGAGUCAACAAAACCGCCUUUUGAGGAAAUGCUCCAUUACGCCACCGCAAACAUGCCAGAAGAACAGCUGGAAGUAGAGGCAGUGUCACCACAGGACCGGCUGACAAGAGCCCUGACAGCUCUCCCAAACAACCGAACGCUCGUCCAUGAGUUGCUCAUAAAUAGGGAGUUCCGUAUUGAACAACGCCACUAUACUGAAGUUCGCCGGCAAAUAAUGCAGCAUGUUUGUGAUAUUAUGAGACGGGAGGUAGCUGCUGGCUUUGGUACCAAGUGGACCGUUGCUCUGGCCACUGUCAUCCAAGAUAGGCUACUCCGUUUCCUCAGGCAAGGGAACUCCUUACAUAACCUAAUCACUGAAGUCCUGGACCCUACCCACAUUGAAAACCAGUGCAACUCGGGCACUUUUUCAUACGACACCUUCUUUGAUUUCAUGGGCAACAUACUGUCUAAGUUGUGUGCUCCAUUCCGUGACAGUGUCGUGGAAGAGUUUGCAAAUGAUAAAUCCGGGGACGAAAUCGACCGCCUUUCACGCCUGAUGGGAAUCAUCGACCUUCUUUCGCUGGAUCAUACAAACUUUAUGCUCCAGGUGGUAUCGCCUCAGCUAAUUGAAGAAGGCCCGCAGUACGAACAACGUGCCUUCGAUAAUGAUCUAGAGAACGGGACAAUUACGCUUGAUAGGACUCGGGAAUUUUGGCAGCGGAAUUAUACGAUGUUUGGUGCAGAACCCCAGCCGGUCAUGGGCAAGAUUUACGCUCAGGGCAUGGUCGAUCUCGUUCUAAACAAUGCAGUUAUUCCCGAGGAACGUAUUCCGGAGACCCUUCACGCAGACCAUGGAAGACUAAGACAGCUUCGAUCUCAAGUCUUUAAGAUCGCUGCCACUGCUUCAAUUCUCCUCACUGCCAAGAACCUGCUCAAGCGUGACGUUCGCUCCCAGUGGAAGACCGAGGCAGACAGAAUUCUUGCCCUGGACUGGAACAAUAUCAAGGCUGAACGAAUUCAGUCAAUUAUUGAUUCUACCCACCCCAUGCCCACUGCGACUAGGUCUCAGCUUUUCCACACAAUCAAACGUGUCGUUGCGCCAGCUAUCGCGGCAACUAAUGCUGCCUCUGCUCUCGCCCCGUCAGGUUUAUCUGUGACCACGACCUUCCAGUCUUUCUCUGUCAGACCAUCUUCGGGCUCGUCAGAUGUCGGUUCUGAGCUCUCAAGUGGCGCGAUAUCUUUUACGGACCCCGUGGCUCGACUCAUGCUCACAAGGCUCCGAGCCCAUAUUCUGGCCCGUUUAAGCGCAACCAAUACAAGGGAACGCGUGAGAAUGACGACCACGGCAAGCCAAGGCCUUGCAGGUGCUGGAAUGCCUGAGUUCGUCAGUGAAGUAGGAAAAGUUGUCGAGAGCCUCGACAAGAUCCGAGAGGUGGAUUGGCUAUGUCAUUCACUUGUCCAUGAGAAGAUCUGGCAAGAAAUCACCGUCAACUUGCCAUGA